GAGGCCAUUCCCCAACCAAUUCCUGAUAAUCAGUAGGUUAUGGGCCUUGAGAUCGUCGAUAAUCGACCGGAAGAUGAAACCAGAGCUACUCCGGUCAAAGAUGUUGAAGAGGUGCUCAUUGAUGGCAGAGAUCCGAGCCGAACGACGCAGAUUGGAACUAGAUUGAACCCAGAGGAACAAGCACAGUUAAUAGCUUUUCUCCGAGCUAAUAAUGAUGUAUUCGCAUGGAUUUCGGCCGAUAUGCCAGGAAUUCCGAAAUCAGUAUCCCAACACAAGCUUAGCACCAAUCCGUUGAAGAAACCAGUGGCCCAAAAGCGAGGUCUCUUCGGGGGGGAGAGGCUUCAGGUUAUUAAAGAAGAGGUAGAGAAACUUCUACAAGCUGGUUUCGUCAAGAAAGUUGAUUACUGCGAAUGGGUGGCUAACCCAGUCCUGGUGAAGAAGGCAAACGGUAAAUGGCGAAUGUGUAUUGAUUACACAAAUCUUAACCACGCCUACCCCAAGGAUCGCUAUCCGAUGUCGAGCAUUGACAAGUUAGUUGAAGCGGCUUUAGGCAAUGAGAGGUUAAGCCUCUUGGACGCAUAUUCUGGAUAUCACCAAGUGCCGAUGGCUCUCGAAGACGAAGAGAAAACCUCGUUCUAUGCUGGCGAUGAAAUCUAUUGCUAUGUCAUGAUGCCGUUUGGCUUAAAGAACGCUGGUGAUACUUAUCAGAAGUUGGUGACCAUCGUCUUCCGAGCUCAGAUCAGCAAGAAUCUAGAGGUAAAGAACAGGAUGCGGUUGAACCUAGCCAUAUGUAUUUUCGGCGUGGAGUCUGGAAAGUUUCUAGGUUUCAUGGUGUCUCGAAGAGGAAUUGAGGUCAAUCCAGAGAAGAUUAGAGCAAUUGCCGAUAUGGAACCGCCGAAAUUAGUAAAAGAUAUACAGAGGUUGACUAGAAGAGUGGCAGCUCUUCAUCGAUUCAUAUUGAAGUCAGCAGAUAAAUGCCUGCCAUUCUUCAAGAUUAUGAGGUUGGCCGCCCAGAAGGAUGAAUCAGGAAAACAGAAGAAAUUUGAAUGGAGUCAGGAGUGCCAAACUGCAUUCAACGAGCUAAAGUCUUAUCUUAGCUCGCCACCUCUACUGACUAAGGCCAUCGAUGGGGAAAUUCUUUAUUUGUAUCUGGGAAUUUCAGAUGAAGCCAUUAGUUCAGUUCUGGUGCGAGAAGAAGCCAAAAAACAAAAACCAAUAUAUUAUAUUAGCAGUGUACUGCAUGGGGCAGAGCUGAGGUAUCCUAUAGCUGAAAAAGCAGCAUUAGCAGUUAUUUUGCAGAAACCAGAGUGCUCUGGAAGAUUAAUUAAGUGGGCAGUAGAACUGGGGGAGUUUGAGAUAACGUUUCAGCAGAGAUCGGCCAUCCGAGCUCAAGCAUUAGCAGAUUUUAUUGUUGAAUGUACUUCAUAUCCUUCAACCUCUAAUCCAGAGCCCAACGAAUGGACCUUAUAUGUUGACGGAGCAUCUAAUAGCAAGGGUUCAGGGGCUGGCGCUUUCUUGAUUGGUCCAGAGGGAUACCGAAGCGAACAUGCUCUGAAGUUCAACUUUGAUGCAACAAAUAACAUGGCUGAAUAUGAAGCUCUGCUACUUGGCCUACAGCUAGCAUUAGAGUUAAAAAUCAAUGUAAUUCAAGUAUACAGUGACUUCCAAUUGGUAGUAAACCAAAUCAACUCAAUCUGCGAAGUCGUUGAUCCUGUGAUGGCAGAUUCACUCUCCAAGUUUGCCUCUGAUAGCUCUUUAAGUUCCAGAUCUGUUUUUGUCGAGGUCCUAGAUGAACCAAGCUUCAUGAAGCCUCGGGUGAUGGAGAUUAGCACAAACCCUGACGCGCCGAGCUGGACUGAUUCAAUCAUCUCCUUUUUGCGAGAUGGGAUAGCACAUGAGGAUAGGCAGGAGGCAAUGAAGUUGAGAAAGAAAGCAUCUCGAUAUACACUCGUUGAUGGGGCCCUAUAUAAGAGAUCUUUCUCACUUCCUCUUCUGCGGUGUUUAAACCCCUAUGAAGCUGAAUAUGCACUUCGAGAGGUGCACGAAGGUGUCUGUAGGAGUCAUGUCGGUGCUAGGACUUUGGCUCACAAAGUCUUAAGGCAAGGAUAUUACUGGCCAAACAUGCAUAAAGAUGCCACUUACUUUGUUCAGAAAUGCCCGAAAUGUCAAUUCUUUGCACAUCUGACUUACCAACCAGCAGAGGAGCUCACGAACUUGGUAACACCAUGGCCAUUUGCUCAGUGGGGACUGGAUCUUUUAGGCCCAUUUGUGAAAGGGGUUGGUGUUGUAACCCAUCUGAUUGUUGGUGUGGAUUAUUUUACAAAAUAUGGGAUCCCGAAUCAGAUUGUGACCGAUAAUGGAACUCAAUUCAAUUGCUCCUCAUUCCGAGAUUUCUGUUCCAGUUAUGGGAUCAAGUUACAGUUCACCUCCGUUUAUCAUCCGGAGUCCAAUGGUAUGGUCAAAUCUGCAUACAGAACCACGAGCCGAACUGCCACAGGUGAAACACCCUACCACUUGGCCUUUGGCACUGAAGCAGUCAUUCCCGUUGAAAUAGGAGUCCCAAGCUUCCGGGUCACCCAUUUCGAUGAAGGACGAAAUGAACAACUGCUUCGGGAAAACCUUGAUCUGCUUGCCGAAGUCAGAGAAGAAGCUCGGCUUCGAACUCUUGUGUACAAACAGAAACUAGCCAACUUCUACAAUAAACGGGUCCGCCCUCAAACAUUUAAAGUAGGAGAUCUUGUUCUCAGAAAAGCUGGCCUAACAGGGUUUGAAACUUGUUUUGGCAAACUCGCCCCGAAUUGGGAAGGCCCUUAUGCCGUGGCCGAGGUGCCACAUCCUGGUGCCUAUGUCCUCUAAGACGCUGAAGGAAAGAGAAUUCCUAGAGUCUGGAAUGUCAAUAACUUGAAGAAAUUUUACCCCUAAUAAAAUUCUUUCAAGUGAUCUAUGUCUUACUGUUCUUUACACAUCUCACUUCGUGUUUGUUGAGAUUUAUUUUACCUCUUCUGAGGUCAAUCAGUUCAUUCAUUCCUUGAACCUCACUUCUGUUAAUAAAUGUCACUUCACAUA